AUGCAAGCCCGGAGGGCCAAGGGACUCUGCUACAACUGUGAUGACCAAUAUAAACCCGGCCAUCGUUGUCGUACAACACCCUUCUUACUUUUGCAGACUGAGGAAGAUACCAACGACGCACCUGACACAGAUUCCCCAUCGGUUCUUGCUUUGGCAUCUUUGCCCCUCCCUCCACCACCAUCUGAUUAUGAUGACCAGGACACUUCGGCAUUUCAGGUAUCCAUACAUGCUUUAAAUGGGUCUUCGUCUUGUCAAACAAUGAAAAUGACUGGUUGGUUAAUGGGGCACAAGGUGCGUGUCCUUAUUGAUUCGGGUAGUACUCAUAACCUGAUUCAACCAAGGAUAGCAAAGCAACUGGGACUUCGCCUGGAACCAGCACCUCCGUUCUCAGUUAUGGUCGGCAACGGAGAUCGACUUCUUUGUUCGGGAAAGGUACCAUCCAUCUCCAUUGGGCUAGAAGGGCAUGAUUUUACACUGGACUUGUUUCUUUUGGAUAUUUGGGGGGCUGAUGUCGUUUUAGGUGUACAGUGGCUGGUACAAAUUGGCCCAUUUAUUGCGGACUAUAAGGCCCUUUUCAUGUCCUUUUAUGAUUCCUAUGGCAACUACAUUACUCUUCAUGGGGACAAGCCUAUACAAGUCAGCCCAGCCACCUGCCAACAACUUAGAUGUCUUAUACACAUGGACUCUGUUGCCUCAGCUCAUUUAUUGGCAAUUUCAGAAAUUGAAAAUGUUUAUGACUCUUCUACACUUCAAGUACCAGAAACCUUACAAACCCUACUUUCAAAGUAUCAUUCUGUUUUUGCCAAACCCCAAGGACUGCCUCCGUUUCGACAACAAUCUCAUCACAUUCACUUACAGCCAGGUGCAUCCCCCAUCAAUGUACGCCCCUAUAGAUACCCCCAUUCGCAGAAGCAAGACAUGACCAACAUCAUUGAGGAUAUGCUUAAACAAGGCAUCAUUCGACCGAGUGUGAGCCCAUUUUCUUCACUUGUGCUCUUAGUUAAAAAAAAGGAUGGUACUUGGCGUUUCUGCGUUGAUUAUAGGGCCUUGAACACUACAACAAUCAAGGAUCGUUUCCCUAUCCCAACGGUUGAUAAGCUCAUUGACGAAUUACAUGGUGCCAAAAUUUUUUCUAAGCUUGACUUACGGGCUGGUUACCACCAGAUUAGAGUUGCUCCCGAAAACAUUCAUAAGACGGCCUUCACAACUUUAGAUGGCCAUUAUGAGUUCCUUGUCAUGUCGUUUGGGCUGACCAAUGCUCCCUCAACUUUUCAAGCCACCAUGAAUGAUAUCUUCAGACCCUAUUUGCGCCAUUUUGUGCUAGUCUUCUUCGAUGACAUUUUGGUUUAUAGCUCAUCUAUGGAGGCUCACUACAACCACUUAGCUACGGUACUCCAACUUCUAGCUCAUAAUCAGCUUUAUGCAAAGCUUUCAAAGUGCACAUUUGGGCAAACCUCUAUCGAGUAUCUCGGGCAUGUGAUUGGAGACCAAGGGGCUUUGAAGGCAGCACUCACUAGUGUCCCUGUCUUGGCUCUAUCUGAUUUUUCAUUACCUUUUUCGAUAGAAGCGGAUGUUUCUAACGUCGCCAUUGGCGCUGUACUCACUCAGGCGGGCCACCCUGUGGCAUAUUUUAGUAAAAAAUUGGGGCCCCAAAAGCAGCUAGCCAGCACCUAUGUGAGAAAGUUAUAUGCCAUCACUGAGGUUGUGCAUAAAUGGCACCAAUAUUUGAUAGGAAGACCCUUCACCAUCUACAUUGAUCAGCAAAGCAUUAAGAACAUGAUGAACCAAACAGUUCAAACACCGGAGCAACAAAAGUGGCUGGUGAAGUUAUUGGGUUUUCAAUAUUCAAUCGAAUAUAAACCUGGGAGACAAAAUAGUGCUGCUGACGCUCUGUCAAGGUGUUACACAAUGCAGAUUACCCACAUGGCUAUGACCCAACCCAUUUUGUCCUUUUUAGAUGACUUGUGUAACUUUUAUCUUACAGCUGAGCAAGGAGAACAAUUAUGGGCACAAGCUGCGGCCAAUGGGGGUGACGGAUUGACAAUCGCAGAUGGGUUGUUGUUCUUCAAGGGACGAGUUUAUGUUCCUGAAAAACAUCCAUUACGAGCUUUAUUAUUACAUGAAUUCCAUUCUUCCCCUACUGGAGGUCAUGCAGGGGUGAAGAAAACUUUAGCUCGUUUGGCAGCUAACUUCCACUGGCCUAACAUGCGACAUGAUGUCGAGUCUUUCAUCAAGCUAUGCGCUACAUGUCAGCAAGUGAAGUAUGAGACUGCGAAACCCGGGGGACAUUCAACUCCAUUACCUAUUCCAUCAAACAUAUGGGAAUAUUGCAGACUUCAUGGAAUGCCCUCCACCAUAGUCAGUGAUAGAGACCCGAAGUUUCUAAGCAUUUUUUGGAAGGAAUUAUUCAAGCUGCAGCAAACUAAAUUGUUUCAUAGUAGUGCCUACCAUCCUCAGUCCGAUGGCCAAACCGAGGUUCUCAACAGAUGUCUCGAGACCUAUUUGCGAAGCUUUGUGAGUGACAAACCGCGGCUGUGGACUAAAUUUUUACAUUGGGCAGAAUUUUCCUACAACACUUCUAAACAUUCAUCUACUGGUUUCACCCCCUUUGAAGUAGUGUAUGGAAGACCCCCACCUUCAAUUUUGUCUUAUUUACCAGGAGCCUCAAAGGUAGCACAACUUGAUUCUGGUCUUAUAAAGAGACAACAAAUUUUGAGCAUGCUUAAGGCAAAUUUAGCAAGGGCUCAAAACAGGAUGAAAAUGCAGCAUGAUCUCUCUGUUAGCAAACGACCAUCUCAGAAACUUGCGAAAAGAUAUUUUGGACCCUUCAAAAUACUUCGCAAGCUUGGUCCGGUGGCUUACGAGUUGGAGUUACCAUCUGAAGCAAAGAUCCAUCCGGUCUUUCACGUAUCUCUGCUAAAAAAAUGUUAUGGUUCCCAUACUGAUCAUUAUGCUCCACUACCCAAAACCUUUGUGGAAGAUCAACCAGUUUUGGAACCGAGCGACAUUCUGAACUGCAGGACAACUAUGCUCAAUGGUGUUGUAACCAAGCAAUACCUCAUACAAUGGAAAGACCUUGCAGCUGUUGACGCUACCUGGGAGUGGGAAGAAGAUAUGAAAGUCAAUUAUCCUCUCUUCAACCUUGAGGACAAGGUUGUUCUUGGAGAGCAUGGCAAUGAUAGGCCUCCCAUUCGAUCCAAAUCCACAAGGCUCAAGACCCAGCCUGUUCGCUACAAGGACUAUGAGUUGGAUCGAAAAUGA